CCGCCAAGGAACUGCGGCUCCAACCCCCAUUUCUCAAAUCCGCUUGUUACGACUGCUUCUCACACUCUCGUGUUCAUUCGUGCUUCCCUUUCUGCAGCUUGUCCGGAAUCCGCCGCUUUCGUUUUCUCAUUCCUGGAUCAAGCCUUCUUCGUCACAGCGAUCAUGACACAGCGCCAGAGCACUCAUGUGCCAGCCGUCCGUACAGAAACCGAGAAAGGCCUCGGAAUCACGCAACGCUCUUGCCCUCUGAAUUUUAGCUGGAGCGGUGAUGUUCGCAAGCGCUAUACCGACUUUCUCGUCUACGAGAUCCGCAAGGAUGGCACAGUCCUCCAUUUAAAUGACUUUGACCUCAACGCGGCUGCAGAGGAGCAGCAGCGUAAAUAUACCAAUGGAAAAAAUCCUCAGGCCAAGUCUGAAGAGCCGACUGCUCCCAAGCCGGCAGCCGCGAAGAUCGAGCAGCCAGUUCAGCCAAUCUCUGAGAUCUGUGAGGCCGAUCGCUUGGUUCUGGCCGGCUUGAUCAACGAGGCUGUCACGUCCAAGUUGAUUGAGUUCGACCAGAAGGUCCAGGCCAAGAAGCCUAUUAUUUCCACUGGGCGGAAUGUGGCGUUCGACCCCAUCACGGAUCGAACACAGCGAGCCACUGUCCACCAGGAAAUUCGCCGCAUUUUUUCUGGCCGCAUCGAGACGGUUGCCGACAAUGUUGGCGUCAUCACUGCCAGUCCUUCUAGGUGGGCCAUGAGCAAUCGCGCUGGCGGUAGGCAAGGAGGCCGUGACAACAACGGCCGCCACUUGAGAGACCAGGCCCUGAGCUUUGCGAAGCUUGGAGGCGAGUUUCUCCAUUUCACUCUCUACAAGGAGAACAAGGAUACCAUGGAUGCCAUCAACACUAUCGCCCGCCUUCUCAAGAUCAAGGCUUCCAACUUUAGCUUUGCCGGCACCAAGGAUCGCCGUGCCGGUACCGUGCAGCGUAUCAGCGUCUAUCGCCAACGUGCUGCCAAUAUGCUUUGGCUCAACUCUAGACUCCUAAAUGUAAAGUUGGGAGACUUCAAGCAUGAAACUCGGCCCCUCCAGCUUGGACAGCACGGCGGAAAUGAGUUCGUCAUCACGAUCAAGAACUGCAUGCCAUCUGGAGGCGGCGCGGAUCGCUCUGUUCAGCAACGCGCGGCCUUGAUUCAGCAGUCUGUAGAAUGUGGGCUUGCCUAUCUCAAGCACAAUGGGUACAUCAAUUACUACGGCCUCCAGCGCUUUGGAACCCACGCAAUUGGCACCCAUCUGCUCGGAAUGAAAGUCCUCAAGGGCGAUUAUGAGGGUGUCAUCGAGGAUAUCCUUCACGUUGAUGAGGAGACCACGCAGAGCGUUCUUAACAACAACCACAAGAAUUUCGGCUCUGGCAAUGACGCAAACAACCGCGAUGAUUACUUUCGGGCCAAGUCUAUCCUGAUGUGGAAGGGGACGAAGAACGCAGAGAAAGCUCUAGAGGGUCUUCCCAAGCGGUUCAGCUCAGAAGCUGCCAUCAUCCGCCAUCUCGGCAAGAGCCCCAAGGACUUCAUGGGCGCUAUCCUGAGUAUCACUCGCGGUAUGCGCAUGAUGUACAUACACGCUUACCAGUCUUAUGUCUGGAACUACAUGGCUACUCGCCGCUGGUCUGAAUACGGCAACAAGGUUGUCGAGGGCGAUCUGGUGCUUCUUGGAGAUGAUUCUGACAAACCUCCGUCGGAGGAUAGCUCCGGUUCGGAGAGCGUAUCCGAUCUUGAUGAUGAUAGCUACUACGCCCAGGCCCAUCUGGUCACCGCUGAGGACAUUGCAAGCAACAAGUACAACAUCUUCGAUGUUGUCUUGCCGACACCCGGAUACGAUGUUAUGUACCCGCGCAACGUAAUUGGCGAUUCAUAUGUCUCCUUCAUGAAGAACGAGGAGAAUGGCGGUAUGGACCCUUACGAUAUGCGACGCCGCCACAAGGAAUUCAGCCUGAGCGGCAACUAUCGACAUGUUAUCGGGCGCUUUAUCACAGAGCCUCAGUACGGCAUUCGGCUCUACUCGGACGACACGAAGCAGAUGUAUCCAACAGACUUGGAUUUCUGCAAUCACAAGAAGGCAUUAGAGAAGGCAAAGGGUCGUCGCCGCCCCCCGUCUCCGACGACUCCCCGAUUGGCUCACUGGGGCCACUUUGCAAACAAUGCCGAGGCGUAUGACGAUGUCAUGGCGGCUGAUCGACGCCGUAAAGCUUCCCAGGAGCCUGUUUCUGAUGGCGUUGUUGUUACCAACGAGACCUGGGUCGAGACGGGCCUUGACGGUAGUUCUAAGCGUGUUAAGCUCGCGCAACAUGAUCACCAGUUCAAGACCGAGACCGAGGACUCCUCCAAUGGAUUUCCUAUGGAUACUUCACGCCCUCCUAUUGAGGCUGAUGCCUCUCUCACAGCGGUUGAGGAUAAUACUGGUGUUGCGGAGAUAUCGUCGAAGGCAAACUCGGACACGGUGAUGAAUGUGUCACCGGAAGACCCCCACAGCUGGUACGGAGCCGGCAUAUCCGCAAUUCCUAGGAGCGACCCCAAGGCUCCAGCAAACACCGAGAAUGACGAGACUGGAACUUCUUCAAGCAAUACCAAAGUUGCCGGCGUCGAGGUUCCUGUCCUUCGCGCUCCUUCGGACAACCCGAUCUCUUCGCCGAACACGUCCACCCUCGAUUUCGGCGACAACCAGGAUGCCAACAAGAUUGCCGUCAUCCUGAAGUUUCAGUUGAAGACUAGCAACUAUGCUACUGUUGUUCUUCGAGAGCUCAUGGGCACCACUGUCGAACUGGCUUAGAGCAUGUUACCACCACAUUUCUACUGAGGCAACAACAUGUAUGAUUAGCCUCUCGCCACAUCAUUGCGACCGCUCACGGCGCGGUUU